ACAAGUGCGGCGAGUGCGGCGUGGGCUUCUCGCGCACCGACUACCUCAGCCGGCACGCGCUCUCGCACUCGCAGCGGAAGCCGCUCGCCUGUCCGGACUGCGGCCAGAGCUUCCGCCAGAGCUCGCACCUCAAACGCCACGCGCGCAAGCGCCACGGCCAAGGCCACGGCGGCGGCGCGCGCCCCCGCGAGUAGGGCGUCCGAGUCAUUAGCUUUAGGAGACGGCGUCACCAAAACUAGAUUACUCACUCGGCGUAUCUGCUGAAUAAUGUGUUCCGCACGCCAGCACAAAGUUAUUCUGUAUUUUGUUUGACACUCAAAUAAACAAAAUACUGAACUUUCACAUGUACCUUUACUUCCAGUUGCAAUGUCUGCUGCUGCCCCUGCCGCUGCCGGCGGCGCCCCAGCCCGCCACCGGCAACCCCCUGCAGUGCAGCACGUGCGGCGUGGUCGUGUCGUCCACCAGCAACCUCAAGAGGCACUUCAUGACGCACACGGGCGAGCGGCCCUACCGCUGCACCGUGUGCGGGGUCACCUACACGCAGUCCAACAACCUCAAGCGCCACUACAUGUUCACGCACGGGCAGCAGGCUCAGGUGUCGCACGGCAAGCCCAUGGGCUCGCUCAAUGGACAGCUGUGAAAUAAACAGACCGACGCACUCUUCA